AUGCUGACCGGCCACCGCAGCUUGGUCGUUCCUGCUUCUCACAACUACGAGGAAAAUGGCCGUCUCUACCACGGCUUCCGACGCGGCCUCUACAUGUACCCGUGCGACGAGCCCGAAAAGGACCGCAUGGACAUUUACCACAAGCUGUUCCUGGUCGCACGGAGAGAACACCUGCACCAGGCCCCGAUCCCGCAGCAUUGGGCGCCCCGCAUUCUCGACUUGGGCUGCGGCACCGGCAUCUGGGCAAUCGACAUGGCCGACAAAUACCUGAACUCCGAGGUCUACGGAUUGGAUCUGGUCAACAUCCAGCCCGAGAAGUGA